AAGUAUUUAUUCGUUACUAAAAAAAAUCAACAUUUCCACGUCACACAAUAUAAACACAUUCAAUUACCUGAUUCCUUUCUAAAACCCUUCACUCCCCACCCCAGCCAGCCCACCUUCCUUGUUUCUCUCUCACCCAAAAAAUGAACACUUCCGCCCUCCGACUCGACCAUAACCCGGUCUCCUUCACCGGCUCAACUCACUACAACCUCUACAAAACCCCUUCUCUUUCUCGACCUUCUCGUCUUUCUAGAACCUUCCAGAAACCCUCCUCCUCCGCCGCCGCCGCCGCCGUCGUCCGAUGCUCUUCCCUGAAAACCGCCGUGACUGAGCCAACUCGUGAGGCAGUGAGUCGAAUCGAUGGGUUGAGUCAGGUUUCCGGCGUCUUGGGUUGUCAAUGGGGUGAUGAGGGUAAAGGCAAGCUUGUUGAUAUUCUGGCUCAGCAUUUUGAUGUUGUUGCUCGUUGUCAGGGUGGAGCUAAUGCUGGGCAUACCAUCUACAACUCAGAAGGAAAAAAAUUUGCUCUUCAUUUAGUUCCUUCUGGUAUUCUUAAUGAGGAAACUUUAUGUGUUAUUGGAAAUGGAGUCGUGGUGCAUCUGCCUGGACUUUUUGGUGAAAUUGACGGUCUUGAGUCUAAUGGAGUAUCUUGCAACGGACGUAUAUUAGUUUCUGAUCGUGCUCACUUGUUGUUUGACUUCCAUCAAGAAGUGGAUGGUCUUCGAGAAGCUGAGCUAGCUAAAUCCUUAAUUGGCACAACAAAGAGAGGCAUUGGGCCUGCUUAUUCAAGCAAGGUGAUAAGGAAUGGCAUACGAGUUGGUGACCUUAGGCACAUGGAUACGUUUCCUCAAAAGCUUGAAAUCUUACUGUUGGAUGCAGCAGCCAGAUUUAAAGAUUUUAAAUAUGAGCCAGAAAUGUUGAAGAAAGAAGUAGAAAAGUACAAAAGGUUUGCUGAGAGAUUGGAGCCUUUCAUUGCUGAUACUGUUUUGGUCAUGAAUGAAUCAAUCUCACAGAAAAAGAAGGUUCUGGUUGAAGGUGGUCAGGCUACUAUGUUGGACAUUGACUUUGGAACCUAUCCUUUCGUAACUUCCUCUAGCCCAUCAGCUGGUGGAAUUUGUACUGGUCUUGGUAUUGCUCCCCGAGCCGUUGGUGAUCUUAUUGGAGUAGUAAAAGCAUACACCACACGUGUUGGCUCUGGUCCCUUCCCUACAGAGAUAUUGGGUCAGGGUGGGGAUCUGCUGAGGUUUGCUGGUCAGGAAUUCGGGACAACAACUGGUCGUCCUCGUCGCUGUGGUUGGCUUGAUUUGGUUGCAUUGAAAUUUAGUUGCGAUAUUAAUGGCUUCUCUUCUUUGAACCUGACAAAACUGGAUGUUCUAUCUGAUCUUCCCGAGAUCCAAUUGGGUGUUGCAUACAAGGAUGUUGAUGAUACUCCGAUCAAAUCUUUCCCUGGUGAUCUCCGUAUCCUUGAACGGUUGAAGGUUGAAUAUGAGGUUCUACCCGGGUGGAAGACUGAUAUAUCAUCAGUUAGAAACUACGCUGACCUUCCAUUGGCAGCCCGUCGCUAUGUUGAGCGGGUGGAAGAGAUAGUUGGCGUGCCAGUCCAUUACAUCGGUGUAGGUCCAGGCCGGGAUGCUCUCAUUUACAAGUAGUGUGUUUAGAUAAGAUCGGAUGUUCGACUGUCUUUUAUCCCGUGGGAGUGGUAGGAGGAGACAGUUUGACCCAGUUAUACCCUUUUAACUUCUGAGAGAUAGCUGCAAGCAAUCAAAUCUAUUAUUUGUUGACAUGCAUUUAUCUGCAGCAUACUGUAUACCCCUAAUCUGAUACAAAACUGAUGCUGCAGUGAUUUUAGCUGCCAAAUAUUUUUGUAGUUUUCUCUGUAGGUGUUAAUGAUUUCAAAUAUUCUGAGUUGUGUUUGUAUGAUCCAAUGAUCUGCCUUUCCAUUAGUCUCUUUCCCAAUAACAGGGUAAUGUACAACUGCAAAAGCCAAAAGGUGAUCUUUGUUGAGCAUCAA